AUGGCUCCCGCCGGUGGUGGAAAUAUUAAGGUGGUGGUGCGAGUGCGGCCGUUCAAUAAAAUCGAACGCAACGCAAAAUGUAUCGUCCAAAUGAAAGGAAACCAGACCGUCCUCAUACCCCCUCCUGGUGCCGCCGAAAAAGCAUCCAAAGGUGGCAUGAAGGGUACGGCGGACGGUCCCAAAACAUUCGCCUUCGACAGAUCGUACUGGUCCUUCGAUAAAUCAUCGCCAAACUACGCUGGGCAAGAGAAUUUAUUUGGAGAUUUGGGUGUACCGCUUCUCGACAAUGCCUUCCAGGGCUACAACAAUUGUAUUUUCGCCUACGGUCAAACGGGUUCCGGAAAAUCGUAUUCGAUGAUGGGUUAUGGGAAGGAGCACGGUGUCAUUCCGAAGAUUUGCCAGGACAUGUUUAAGCGGAUUGCUGUGUUACAGGAGGAUAAAAACUUGACCUGUACGGUGGAAGUCUCGUAUUUGGAAAUUUACAACGAACGCGUCCGCGAUUUGCUCAACCCCGCUACGAAGGGAAAUCUGAAAGUUCGAGAGCACCCGUCGACCGGUCCAUACGUUGAGGAUUUGGCGAAACUCGUCGUGCGAUCAUUUCAAGAGAUCGAGAAUUUGAUGGACGAAGGUAACAAAGCUAGAACGGUUGCCGCGACAAAUAUGAACGAAACAUCUAGUCGGUCGCACGCCGUAUUUACCCUUACUUUGACGCAAAAGCGACACGAUGCGGAAACUACCAUGGACACUGAAAAGGUUGCCAAGAUUAGUCUGGUCGAUUUAGCAGGUUCCGAGCGAGCGACAUCUACGGGUGCAACCGGUGCUCGACUGAAAGAAGGAGCAGAAAUUAACCGUUCUCUUUCUACUCUAGGUCGUGUUAUUGCUGCGCUGGCCGAUUUGUCGUCCGGCAAAGGCAAGAAAGGAACACUGGUACCCUAUCGUGAUUCUGUAUUGACGUGGUUGUUGAAGGAUUCUUUGGGGGGAAAUUCUAUGACUGCUAUGAUUGCUGCCAUUUCUCCUGCAGAUAUCAACUUCGAAGAGACGCUUAGUACCCUGCGAUACGCGGAUUCAGCGAAACGUAUCAAGAAUCACGCUGUGGUCAACGAAGACCCGAAUGCUCGAAUGAUUCGUGAAUUGAAAGAAGAACUGGCUCAGUUGCGGAGUAAACUUGGUGGUGGUGCAGGUGGCGCAAUAGCAUCAGGUGCUCCAAUGGAGGAAUCAUAUCCCGCUGAUACACCUCUGGAUCAGCAAAUAGUCUCCAUUGCUCAGCCUGAUGGUACUGUCAAGAAGGUUAGCAAAGCCGAAAUUGUCGAACAACUGAAUCAGAGUGAGAAGCUGUACAAAGAUUUGAAUCAAACAUGGGAGGAGAAGUUGGCAAAGACGGAGGAAAUUCAAAAGGAGCGUGAAGCUGCUUUGGAGGAGCUAGGCAUCAGUAUUGAAAAGGGCUUCGUCGGGCUCAGUACACCGAAGAAAAUGCCUCACUUGGUCAACCUGAGCGACGAUCCACUUUUGACGGAAUGUCUUGUUUACAAUAUCAAACCGGGCGAAACCAGGGUCGGCAAUAUUGAUCAAGAGAAUGGGGCAGAAAUUCGGUUGAACGGGUCGAAAAUCCAGCAACAGCAUUGUAUCUUUCAGAAUGUGGACAAUGUGGUGACCCUAGUCCCAAGCGAAGGAGCGGCAAUCAUGGUCAAUGGUCUACGUAUCGAGAAGCCAACACGCCUGCGAAGUGGAUGUCGUAUCAUCCUUGGUGACUUCCAUAUUUUCCGAUUCAACCAUCCAGAGGAAGCCCGUGCUGAAAGGGUAGAACAGAGCUUACUGCGUCAUUCGGUGACUACUAGCCAAUUAGGGUCGCCAGCUCCCAGUAGGAGCCAUGACCGUACGGUCAGCAAGACUGGAUCAGAUAUUGAUGGCGAAAUAAGUCGGAUCGACUCUCCAAUACCAAACCGCAGCGGCAGAGAUGCAGAUUGGUUUUAUGCCCGUAGAGAGGCGGCUAGUGCAAUUCUUGGCCCCGACCAGAAAAUUUCUGAUCUCAAUGACGACGAGCUCGAUGCUCUCUUUGAUGACGUGCAGAAGGCUCGUGCAGUCCGUCGUGGGUUGCUAGACAAUGAAGAAGAUACCGACUCCCUGAGUUCAUUCCCCGUCCGCGAUAAGUAUAUGUCGAACGGAACCAUUGAUAACUUCUCUCUCGACACUGCAAUCACGAUGCCUGGAACUCCUCGGCAGGUUGAUGACGAGGAAGGGGAUUCUUCGUUGCAAGCAGCUCGAGACGACAUGCAACGUCAGCUUGAUAAACAAAAGGGCGAAUUUCAAGAAAAGCUAAAAGCAGAUGCGUCUCAUGUCGACGUUGAAGAAUUGCGACAAGAAAAGACUCGUAUGGAGGAAGCCCUGCAAUCAGCCAAGGCCGAAUUUGAAAAACAGCUCAAACAGCAGAAAGAGCAAUACGAAACCCAUAUUAAAGAAAUGGGCCAUCCGGUUCCGAAAAUCUAUGAGAAUGGAUUUGCCAAACUCGAUGACAAGGAAAUCGAGAUCGCUAAGUUUGUUGUUCGCCUCUGGUCAAAAAGGAAUUAUGUUCGCAUGGCGGAAUCUAUAUUGCAACAUGCUUCUUUGUUAAAGGAGGCCCAAGUGAUGAGCCAGAUUAUGGAUAAGAAUGUCGUAUUUCAAUUUGCUAUUAUCGAUGAAGGGCACAAUAUGGUAUCUUCCUACGAUCUUGUUCUCAAUGGUAUUUCUGGUGAAGAUGAUGACGCAUUAGAUACCAUCAAGAAACCAUGCGUUUGUGCCCGAGUUAUCGACUUCAAACAUUGCGUCGUCCAUCUCUGGUCAAUCGAGAAACUUCAAAAACGAGUGCAAGCAAUGCGCCAGAUGCAUCAAUAUAUUGAUCGCCCGGAUUAUAUCCAGCAUUUCAAAUUGGAAAAUCCCUUCUCCGACACAUGUCCGGCUCAGUAUUCUCUAGUUGGCGAUGCAGAUAUACCGCUGACUGCUGUCUUUGAGAUGCGGGUCCAGGAUUUCUCGGUGGAGGUUGUUUCUCCAUACACGCAAAGCGUCAUUGGUAUUAUUCGACUGUCUCUUGAGCCAUCAUCAGCACAAGGCCCAUCUUCUACACUCAAAUUCAACGUGGUCAUGCGGGAUAUGGCCGGAUUUGCGGAACGUGAAGGAACAGAGGUCCAUGCUCAGCUGUUUGUACCGGGUGUAUCGGAAGAAGGGGGAGCUACGACGACGCAGAUGAUUAGCGGUUUCGACGAGAAUCCGGUGCGAUUUGAAAGCGUACACAGUAUGAGCUUGCCACUAUCGAGUCCGCGAACUGCUUCAUUAAAAGUCUGCAUAUAUGCCAAGGUGACAUCAAUGCACCUGGAUAAACUCCUUAGCUGGGAUGAUAUGCGCGAUUCUUCCGAGACUCCGGCACCUUCAAAACGCAAAACGCCGAGAAUCGCGGAGACAGAAUUCUUCACCGAAGAACGCCACGAUGUCUUCUCCCGCAUUCAGAUCCUCGAACUCGCGGAAAGCGGCGAGUACUUACCUGUAGAAGUGGUGCAGAGCAACAGCAUGGAUGCUGGAACAUAUCAACUACACCAGGGUCUGCAAAGACGAGUUGCAAUUCAUCUGACGCACAGUUCCACCGAGAAUUUUCCCUGGGAAGAUGUUACUAAUCUACGGGUCGGCUCGGUCCGUUUACUUGAUCCAUGGGGUAAGAUACCUGACCAAGAUUUCCAAACUCCUGAUGUACCGCUCCGAUUAGUGCAGGAGCCGAUGAUCAAGGAUAAUGCCGAUGGAACUUCAAAUCUGACGAUUAUCGGCCAAUGGGACUCUAGUCUUCACGGCUCACUUUUAAUGGAUCGCACCACGGCCGAGAAGUACCGCGUCCAGGUUACUUUACGCUGGGACUUAGUUUCGUCUCGUGUUCACGAACCUAUCGUUUUUGCACUGGACCAAACGCUUGUGAUUCUUGGACGCAACUAUGUUCGCCCGCAAUCGAUUCUCAGACAAAUCUGGAGUUCAACGAGAAUAGUGCACUCUACCGUCGGCAUGUUCUCAGUCGUCAUUCGCCCUGUCUCCGCAAAACGCGCUGCAGACCUCUGGCGCAUGAACACGCAGAAUGAUUAUGUCAAAGGCGAAGAACUCCUAACAAACUGGUCACCACGCAAAGUUUCCUUGGUCCGUGACUUCAUUGCUUCCCGAAAGCGAAGGCAGCGAGCUGCUGAAUUGGAGGCUGCUAGAGGAGCCUUGGGAACUGUCAGUCUCGUAGCCUCACCUGCGAAAGGAAGUGGCCGUUCUACCCCGUUGCGUAACCAAGAGCUUUCAGAGCGGCAGAUGAACCUCAUGAAAAGAUACCUCAAUCUAUGGUCUACAGGAAAAGAUCCCACAGAGAUUAUUCUGGUAAACUCCAACACCGAACAACCAAGUAACGGGAAUGUCUCUUCGAAUGUUCCAUCUAUAUUCUCCUCUGAUAGCGCUUCUGCUUCUGAACACGGUGCAACACCCCGAUACGUUGCCAAUGUCCAAACUCUUAGCAAAAACGCCACAGUCGCAAAAGCAAGCUAUCUCAUGAUGCCGGAUGACAAUAGCACGCGCUGGAUACGACGUUUCAUCGAACUCCGCGGGUCCUAUUUACACGUCUACUCUGUCCCCGACGGUGAUGAAAUAAACACAAUCAAUCUCCGCCAUGCACGUGUCGACCACGACCCGGACUUUGCGCGUCUUUUCGAGGGACCGGAUGGAUUUUCAUCUCGGGGCAGCGGUGUCGGACGACCGAAUAUCUUUGCCGUGUACGGACCACAGAACACAUUCCUAUUCGCGGCACGGACAGAAGCUCAGAAAGUGGAAUGGAUUCUGAAGAUUGAUCAGAGUUAUUUCAGCAAUAAUGCUCCAACGAAUGGGCGCUGAUUUUCAGUCUGUUUACUGCGUAUACCAUCCGACUUGCGGCUUUAUAGUAACGACUUUCCAUGAAUGACCUUCCUUUCUCCCUGAUCUUAGUUUUGACCUCGAUCUGUCGAUACUCUUGCUUAAAACCGCUACAUUGCCGUCUGAUUUCCUCCGAAUUUUUGAAUUCAGAUCACUGUCAUUUCGAAACAAUCAUUGCCUGUGUUGGUUGACUUGAUAUAUACCUUUUCUACCUUCUUUUCCCGCGCUUAUUUUCCCUGUCCAUGUUUUAAGUGUUUCCCUUCUUGUGUGCGCUCAUGUACAUUUCCUCUGCUUUCUGCCUUCUGCCUUCUUUGACUUUGUAUCAAGAUA